CGGCUGUAUAUCAUGAUGUCUUUACUUUUUAUGUAAAAGAAACGGUAUCAAAAAAAAACUAGUUUUUUGUCUCAUCUGUGGUCUCAUUGUCUGUCAGAUUUAUCUGUUGUCUAUGUUGUCAUUUUGUCAAUAAAUGGGACUGAAAAUUGACGGCGACGACUGCGAAAUUAUCAGAAAAUCUGACAACCAGUGUAAAAAUCUUUUAGAUAAUUUUAUCGUUGGCUGUGCAAAAGUCGAUAGUCAUUAUCUUAUGAGAAAAACGCAGCAUAAGAACGUAAAUCUUCAUUGUCCAUAAAAUGCCUGUGUCUCCGGGAAUCUUUUGAAGCCAGCAGCAAUAUCUGUAGCAGCAUGUACGACAGCACAUGCGGAGCCGCCGCCACCGGCCAGUGCGGCAAGGGGCAGCCCGACGGGGACGGGCCACCGAAGCGGGAUCCGCCGCCCGCACCGAUCGAGCGGGACUACAGCGGGUUCGACAUCGUCAAGGCGACGCAGUACGGCGCCUUCGCUCGCGUCAAGGAGCUCGUCGAAGCGGGCUGGGACGUGAACCAGCCGGACCGCGAGACCGUGACGCUGCUGCACUGGGCCGCGAUCAACAACCGCCGCGAGAUCAUCCAGUACCUGCUGGCCGCCGGCGCCGCGGUGGACGCCGUGGGCGGCGAGCUGCAGUCCACGCCGCUGCACUGGGCCACGCGCCAGGGCCACCUGGAGGCCACGGUGCUGCUGCUGCGCGCCGGCGCGGACCCGGCGCUGCGCGACGCCGAGGGCUGCGCGUGCCUGCACCUGGCGGCGCAGUUCGGGCACACGGCCGUGGUGGCGUACCUGGUGGCGCGCGGCGUGCCGGUGGACGCGGCCGACGCGGGCGGCAUGACGCCGCUCAUGUGGGCGUGCUGGAAGGUGGCGGCCGUGGACCCCGCGCGCCUGCUGCUCACGCUGGGCGCGUCCACGCGGCCCGCCGACCGCUCGCACGGCAACACGGCGCUGCACUGGGCCGUGCUGGCGCGCAACACCACGGCCAUAUCCACUCUGCUCCUCUAUGGUGACGCUAGCUUAGAUAUCCCCAACCUGCGUGGUGUCACUCCACUAGCCAUGCUGCAAAGCAAUGCCGACUCAUUGUGGGUUGGUUCUAAGGUCACAGACAAAAUUAAAGAACAUACACUGGCUUCCAGUAAGAGAAAUAUAAUUAGGAGAUUAGCAUAUGAUAAGAAGUUUCGAUGGUGGUGUGUGGUGGUGAUGCCCUUCAUCGCGUUCUAUGUCACCGGCCUGGUACUGGAGAUGGAGGUGUUCUUCCUGCUCAAGAUGUUCAUUCUUAUCUGCUUCUAUGCAUUACUGCAUUUUGUUUCAAACAUACUAUUUGACGAUGAAUUGAAGAACAUAUUUCCUCUCAGUGUGUACCUGGCCACAAAGGUGUGGUUCUACAUCACGUGGGCGGUGUUCGUGUGGCCGGUGGUGAGCGCGUGGGCGUCGGCCGCCUUCGUGGGCUGCUCGGGCGCGCUGUGGGUCACGUUCCUGCGCUCGUGGCGCAGCGACCCCGGCGUCAUCACCGCGUCCAAGGCCGACAAGUUCCAGACCAUCAUCGAGCUGUCGGAGUCGGCGCGCGGCGGGUUCGAGCCGGCGCGCUUCUGCUCGGCGUGCCUGGUGCGGCGGCCGCUGCGCUCCAAGCACUGCUCCGUGUGCAACCGCUGCGUGGCCAAGUUCGACCACCACUGCCCCUGGGUCGGCAACUGCAUCGGCGCGCGCAACCACCGCUACUUCAUCGGGUUCCUGGCCAGCCUCGUGGGCAUGUGCGCCUGGAUGCUGUGGGGCUGCUGCGCCUACUGGGCGGCCGAGUGCGGCGCCGCCGGGCCCGGCCUGGAGCGCCUGCUGGGCUGGGCGCGCUGCAACGCCUGGCUGGCCUGGGUCGCGCUCAACGCCGCCUUCCACCUCUUCUGGGUCUCCGUGCUGCUCUGCUGCCAGCUCUACCUGGUGGUGUGCCUCGGCAUGACGACCAACGAGCAGCUGAACCGCGGCCGCUACCGGCACUUCCAGGCGCGCGGCGGGCGCUCGCCCUUCUCGCGCGGGCCGCUCAACAACUGCGCCGACUUCUUCCAGUGCCGCCUGUGCGGGCUGCUGGCGCCGCGCGCGCGCGACUGGGCCGCGCCCGACGAGCCCGCGCCCGAGCCCGAGCCCGAGCCCGAGCCCGAGCCCGAGCACGAGCGCGCGCCCAUGCUGCAGCACUACGUGUGAGCCGUGUGCGCCCACCCCGCGCCCACCCCGCCCGCGCCCGCGCCCGCCUGCUGCGUGCCUGCGAGAUGCGAGUAAAUUAUAUUAAAAGAAUGCCUUAUGUGUGUGGACGAGCUGCGGGCGCGGGAUCGGAACGCGACGUGGCGUGCGGCGGUGGUCGCUUUCCGUUCCUGUUUUGUAGAUGUGGAAGAUCGUGGCGGGCGGAGUCGCCCGGGUGAUUGAAUGUUGCGUGCGAGCGACCAUAGUACAAAUGUAAUCGCGGGCGGUGUGUUGUGCGAGACGGUUGCGCGGAGCGUUCGCCGGCCGCGUCUCGCCGCCGUUCGACGAGGGCUUCGCUUACUUAAUUUUUGAGAGAUUUCAAUUAUGACAUCGACGUUGUCCUCGGCCGGACCGCACUCUCCGUUGUGAUGGUGACGCUUCGAUCGAGCGGAAGUCGGCCUCCGCUCUUUUUGACGAACAAAUAGGAUAAUAAUUAAGUGCAUAAUAUUUUUGUACAUACCUAUAUUUUUGCUAGUUGAAAAUUCCAGUGUUACCUCCUCAGUAGUCUAUGAUGAUGUUAAGGAUAUUCUCAAACUGGUACGUCAAGCUCUAAACACUGAAAAUUGGUAUUCUGUUUUGCGAUUGUCUUUCGUGUGCGUGCUCGGUGUCGGUGAGGUUUCGCGACUCGCGGCUGAGGCUUUGGCGUAGGCUGUGUGUGUAGCAAAUGUAUGUACACUUACAUUUAAUUAGAAUCGCCGUUAAGCUAAAGAGCACAUAGGUAAACUUUACGGAAGAUUGUUGAGAGAUCUUUCGAGUUGUCAGUGUCUAUCGGAAAUUGUUUUUAUCUAAGUUCGUUUUACAAAACGCUUGACUAACAGAAGCCCCUGUUCGUGAAACAUACCAGUUUCGAAUCUAAUACUGUGUUAAUGCAAAUAUAGUAAGUUGUAUCCGUCAGAGUUGCCGGGCUUCGGGCGCGGGCGCACGAAUGUCGUUGCUUUGCAGAUUAAAACAGUAUUAGAUAUUGUAUGUAUAGUGAUAAUCAAUGUACAUAUUAUUAUAUUAUAGUUAUCGUUUAAUCAUCGUAAAGUAUUUUUAAAUCACAAAUGUAACUGUUCUGUGAAGCUUUUGUCUACUUUUAAAAUUCCUAUUUAGAAUCGUAAAUAUCGUAUCGUACGCGGGGCCCUCACGGACCCCCGUUGUAGGCUAGACUCGAAACGAAAGUGAGAGCUUAAGAAGAUAUCACUUAUAUGUAUAUGAAAUUUUCUAUUGAUUGUGUACGUCUCGUACUCUAUCACUUGACCGCGCGCGGCGGCCGCCCGGGCCCCGUCCGGGCGGCUCCCGGUGGCGCCGAUAAAUAACGUUUAUUAACGUUUAAUAUACAACAAUGAAACCAAAAUGCAUUUGAACUAUUAUAAUAAAAGAGUUAUAAUCGUGA